AAGGUUUUACUGUUUUGGAUCAGACAAAAAUGUCCAAGUCCUUGAAGAAGAUAGUGGAGGAGAGUCGGGACAAGAACAUCCCAGAGGUGGAGAUGUGCGACAGAGGCAUUUCCAACAUGAUGGACGUCCCAGGACUCUUCACUCUAUCGAACAUCACUCAGCUGGUCCUCAGCCACAACAAGCUCACAGUGGUGCCUGCUAAUAUAUCUGAGCUGAAGAACCUGGAGGUUCUAAACAUGUUCAACAACCAGAUUGAAGAGCUGCCUACUCAGAUAAGCAGCCUCCAGAAGCUGAAACACCUCAACCUCGGAAUGAAUCGUCUGAACGGCCUGCCGAGAGGAUUUGGUUCAUUGCCAGCUCUGGAAGUUUUGGACCUUACCUACAACAACCUGAACCACAACUCCCUGUCUGGAAAUUUCUUCUACCUGACCACUCUUCGCGCUCUUUAUCUGAGUGACAACGACUUCGAGCUCCUGCCUGCAGACAUCUCAAAGCUGACAAAGUUGCAGAUACUGAGUCUGAGGGAUAACGAUCUGAUCUCAUUGCCCAAGGAGAUAGGGGAUUUGGCUCAACUCAAGGAGCUUCACAUCCAGGGCAAUAGGCUGACCGUCCUGCCACCUGAACUUGGUAAUUUGGAUCUGACUGGUCCUAAACAGGUGUUUAAAGCUGAGAACAAUCCUUGGGUCACUCCCAUAGCGGACCAGUUCCAGUUGGGUGUCUCCCACGUUUUUGAGUAUGUUCGCUCUGAGACUUAUAAGUAUCUCUAUGGCAGACACAUGCAGGCCAACCCAGAACCCCCGAAGAAGAACAACGACAAGACGAAGAAGAUCAGCCGAAAACCACUGGCCACCAAGAACAAAUAAGAGAAGACGGAGAUGAAUGUCGUCUCCGUUCAGUCAGACUCACUGCAUGUGCCUUCUUUCUUUUUGGUCAGAAAAAUGAAUGACAUCAAUAUGUGUCAAUGAUGUUUUUUUAAAGUGUUAUGUUAAACAUUGUUUGGACUGUAUUCCACUGCGCAGGUGGAACUCCUCAUGGAUGCGUUGUUUGUUUUUUAAGAGCUAUUUUUAUCUGCCUUUGUGCUGUUGCUUCUUACUUAUAUUGCUUGGACGUAUAGAUGAGUAUUGGUAACACAUAAAAACCAGUUUAGAGAUUUUUCAAAGACAGUUUCUACAAAUGCUUACACUCCUUUUUGUUUCAAUUUUUGAUGCUAUCAGCUUCAAGAAGUACUGUUACGUAUGAUUCCAAAGACAGAAGUUGCAUAUGGGUGUGUCCAGCCUUCUCUGGAAACAACUCUGAUGUUAAAGAGGCAGCUGUGAGAGAGUAACGGUACGGCUCCACUGCUUCAGGCGAGGACGCUAGGGAUCGCGCCGGAGCACUCAACUCGCCGCUUGAUGGCCGUGUACCCGUUUUAUGGCGGUUGGUAUAUUCUUUUGUUUUCCCUCCUUUUUGUUGUAGGUUACGCAAUAGGGCACCACAGGAAUGAGUCACAAACACCGUCAACACUAACCCUGACUGUUCACUUUACGCAGCUGUCAGAUUCCAGCUGCACCCCCCCACCCCCACCCCCCCACCCCCCCCCCCCCCCCCCAGCUCAAACACAUCCACAUACAAUGUCCAAAGAAAGCCAUAGUUUGUUUUUAAAUACAUUUGCAGCCAAAUGUAGAUACAUUUUUCAAGUUUAAGAGCAUUAUGGACGCACAUUUGUCUCUUAAAUGGAUGCGAUAACAGAUACCAGUCCCUAAUGGAUCUAUUUCUCUCAAGUUAAUCACUCCACAAUCUCAUGUGUAUAAAGUCUUAAAGGUGAGAUAUUGUGGACACACCAUAGGUAGACAUAGGCACACUGUCUCUAGCAGGAGGGAUUUCAGUGGUUUAUUUUUGGGAUUGUGGGAUUGGACAGUGAUGUUAUUCUCCUCUGAACAAGAAUCAGUACUUUGAGACAAAAGUCUCUAAUGCCGAGGUCAGACUUCAUGUUACAAAGUUCAACCUGGUCUGGCAGACGUAGGGAUUCGGGACCUGUCGAUCCCAAAAGUCAAUCGUUUUAUAGCGUGUCAUAGUGAGCAGCAAUCAAGACCACAUCAAAGGACACAUCCUGACAUCCCAAAAGCGAAUCUAGCACGUUUAAUUUAUCUGUCUGUUUUCUACGAUGUGCUCCGUCAGGGCAGUAAUGUAAACCAAUGAGAACACAGAGCGCACCGCACGCGCAGUGGUUACGAGCGUAAACAAACAAAACGGCUAAGCGAAAGAAGAAUGAUGAAGUUGAUGCUAUGAGAUGGAACAAUGAGACAGUAUUACUUUGUUUUAAUAGUAUUUACCACCGUGUAGGGCACUAACAGGUCAGACACAGUGAGCAUCUUACUAGACAAAAAGAUCGUGUAGUCUGACCUCGGCAUUAGAGCGAUGAAUCAGUUGCUCUUUUCUGUUGCCAACACUUUCCAUUGAUUGUGUUCAUUCCACUUUCAUUUCUACUUGUAUGCUUCUGUUUGAACCUCACUGUACCUUAAAUGCUGCGUCGUCCUAAUAAGUUACUUUGCAAAGCUUUACCAAGUGUCCAUAACAUUUCAAAAAAAGUGAAUGAAUGUUGACCUUUUUUAAAUGCAUCAUGUUUUUAUCACAGUAUCUCUGUAUUUAUCAUUAUUAUUAAAUAAAGCUCAAUAUACAACA